AUGUUCUGCCUCAGAAGCUGGCUCCCGCUUCUUUUCAUACCUACCAAUGCCUCCCCGGCCUUCAUCUUCCUCUUCUUCGUGUGCACCUACUUCCUGAACCGCCCCUGCGUGUACUGCUCUGUGCUGCUGCUCAUCCUAUUCGUCACGUCGUGCUACUGGUCCGACCGAUGCUUUUUCGACUUCAGCAGCAACUGGUUCGCCCCGCGGCCCUCGACGUCGUACUACUACGACCCCUCAAGCGGUGCUUGCGCCGCCGGCAACGCCACCGCGAUGACAGAGCCAGGCUUUAACGAGACUGCCAUGGAGAUGUUGAACACGACGGCAAACGCGCUGGCUGGUGCCGCUGCUGACGAGCUAGCAAGACGGAAGGCGGAGUGGACUGGGCUGGGUGUCGAGUGGCUGAGGAGCUUACUGGGAAGGCGGGAAUGGAGGAUUGAGUGUAUGGACCUUAAUAUACGACUGUGA